GUAAUUGGAGCCCUGGGAGUGAGUGGAGUCGGGUUCAUCUCACACUAAUGGGCUCUGCUGCCUGCAACACACACCGAGAACAUCAAGGUGCAAGCAACGACCGACAAUUCAUUUGGAAAUCAUUUAGUGAAUGAUGAGAAAGCGGGUCACAUUUGUUGAUCAUCUGAAAACAGAAAGUCUGUCAAAAAACGGAAGUGGUCACGUCUUGAUGAGGUCUGCUGAGUCUAACAACAGAUGCACUGAUGGUCAGCAAGUGAGGAAGAUAUACAGAGAAAUAAACAGAAAUGCACUUGCUGACAGCCAGCACAUGACCACAGUACACAUUCCCAAGUCUGUGAUGUCUGCACCCUUCCUACAGCACCCUGCCCUCACAACCGGACAGAGACGCUACCUGUACAGCAUCGCUAAUGUCUACAGUACAGAGCACAUGAGACGACAGAUGAAGCAGCACUAUCUCAAUGUCCUGCACGCGUGUCUUCAGACAGGUCAGAAUCCCAACUGCAGGAGGAGGCUUCAGUGUGGAGAAAAUGGCACCGUCCCAAAGGACACAGAGAAGGAUUCAGAGGCAAGGGCAAAGCCACAAGGACGGAGGAAAGGUAGCAGCAGCAGCAAAGGCACGGCUCGUUCUGAUGUCAUACUUCCAAAAAUAGCAAGCAGAAGAGGGAUGUGAUAGCAAAUGGUUGAACUGUUGAAGGUUAUAACAGCCUUAUGAGGAGUUUAUCUGAUCACUGUUGUAUCUACAGACGUUCAAAUAUAGCUCUGUUAUACAGUAUUUUACACAUUACAACUUUAACGGUCCCACUUCUGCUGGUUAGACAUUUAUUAGUAAUAGUCUUAAUGUGUAAUUGCAUUCUUACAAAUGUUUCCAGCAAAACCUUUAGAAAUGUUAUACUACAUAUACACACAUAUAUAUAUACACAUAUAUGUAUAUAUAUAUACUGUA